AUGGAUGAAGAAGCAAUGCUGUCAGCAGAACCUCCUAAGGAGAUCCAAACAAUUGAUACCAAGUCCCUCACCAUCAAGAUAGCAAAUUCCUGCAAGAAAAAUGGUAAAGAAAUUCGAGCUAACAUUGUUCCCUCGACUCUAGAUUUAAUGUCAAAGAACUCGGUAGAAAAUUCAGUAGCAUCGUCUCCAUAUAAUUCUCCACUCAUCUCACCUCCAUCCUCAGCGUUUGUUUCAGCGUUACAAUCACCUUACAUUUCUCCGAGGGCAAAUAUAUUUACGAGUUCAAAUCCAACCCAAGAAAGUCCCAGACCAACCACAGGACUCACUCACCCGUCGCCUCCAGUGUCAUACUGCGGAUCACAGUCAGAUGACAUCCCGAGUACUUCCUACACCCCGCCUCCCGAAAAAUACGACUAUUCUGAUGACCCCGCCAACACAAAGUUCAAAAUUUUGACUUGUGUUCCAGUUCCAGUUUCAGGUCCAGACACAGCUCCUCGUAUUUCAUUUUCAUUUCCUGUUCCUCGAAUUUCCUUUGCAAGAGGUUCUGUUUCACCUGCCUCCAAUGCCAAACUUAGGAGCUGUGAUGUUUACAUAGGCUUGCACGGACAGAACCCGAAUUUGAUACGGUUCUGUAAGUGGCUUAAAUCAGAGCUCGAGGAUCAGGGUAUUGCUUGCUUUGUUGCAGACAGAGCAAAGUAUGCGGAUAAUCAGAGCCAUGAGAUUGCUGACAGGGUUAUUUGCUCUGUGACCUUUGGAGUGGUGAUUGUCACUAGUUAUAGCCUCCUUAACCAUUUAAGUUUGGAGGAGAUCAGAUUCUUUGCACAAAAGAAGAACUUAAUUCCUUUGUUCUUCGACACUGACGCCAAUGAAAUUGCAAGCCUUUUCAACCCACAUUCUGAUAAUAAGGAAUGUAGAGAAGCGCUGGAUGGAUUAUUGAGGUCUCAUGAAUUCAGACUGGAAGCAAAUGAAGGUAACUGGAGAAAUUGCGUGUCAAAAGCUGCUGGCAUAUUAAGGGGAAAGCUCGGGAGGAAAAGCAUGACCGAAAAGGAAGUAGAAAGUAUUGAGGUCUUACCAUUUCCAAGAAACAAAUACUUUGUUGGGAGGGAGAAAGAUAUUACGGAAAUCGAGACUACAUUCUUUGGACAUGGGGAUUACUUGGAGCAAGAAUGUACCAUGCCAACUAUUAAAGGAGGAACACCAGGGCAAUCAGAUGGUCUAGCGGAUGAGGAAUGCGAGGUUGACACAGUUAGAGAAGGCAAAUACUUAAGUUUAGAAGUUGGCAGGUGCAAGGAGCCAACUUUGGAGGCUUGGUCUGAACCAGUUAUUGGAAGAAAUUCACAGAAAAGACCUAAAUACAAAAGGUCUAGAAGUGGAAAAAACAAGAGCUUCAACAGCAGCAUAGUGUGCAUAAAUGGAUCACCAGGAGUUGGAAAGACAGAGCUUGCUUUGGAAUUUGCAUACAGGUACUCACACAGAUACAAGAUGGUUUUGUGGGUUGGAGGUGAAACUAGGUACUUCAGGCAAAAUAUACUAAACAUAGCACUCAAUAUGGGGUUGGACCUGAGUGCAGAUGCAGAGAAGGAAAGAGGGAGGAUCCGGAGAUUUGAUGAACAAGAAUCUGAAGCAUUCAAAAGAAUUAAAAGGGAGCUGUUUCGGGACAUGCCUUAUUUACUGAUUAUUGAUAAUCUAGAGACUGAGAGGGAAUGGUGGGAAGGGAAGGAUCUACAUGACUUAAUACCGAGGAAUACAGGUGGCACACAUGUAAUUAUCACAACAAGGCUCCCCAGAGUAAUGAACUUUGAACCAAUUCAACUUCAGCCAUUGCCAUUUUCGGAUGCAAUGAUAUUGAUUAGAGGAAGACGGAAAAAGGAGUAUCCGGCUGCAGAACUAGAAAUCCUCGGGAAGUUCGAUGAGAAAUUGGGCAGGUCAAGUUUCGGAUUGUGGGUGAUAGGUUCGCUGCUUUCUGAACUCGCAAUUACUCCAUCGGCUCUGUUUGAGGCAGUGAACAAUGUCCAAUAUGAAGAAGCUACUGGCUGCUCCGUUGCAGAUCAACAACUUCAUAGAACAAAUAAUUUUCUAGUGAAAGUCCUGUCUUUUUGUGCUAUUGUGUUGCAGCAAACAAAUGGAGGGAGGAAUCUCCUUGCUUCGAAAAUGCUUCAGGUCGGAGCAUGGUUUGCCCCAGCUCCCAUUCCAUCAAAUUUACUGGCCACGGCAGCAAAUUACAUACCUUCCACCAGAAACAAAUUGAGAAAGUGGACCAAGUGCUUGAAACUCACUUUCUGUUGUUGCUCAGGUUGUUUAGCAAGUCAAUCAUGGAAGAGUGAAGAGGAUUCAGCACUUCUCUUAGUUAAACUCGGUUUGGCACGGAUAGCCAAUAAACAGCCCGGAUGCUGGAUUCAGUUGCACAACAUCACUCAAACAUUUGCAAAAACAAAAGAAGGUUCAGUUGCUGCCAAGGCAACAAUUCAAGGAGUAAGGAAAGUUGGAAAUCCACUGGAAAACUCAGACCACCUGUGGGCUUCAGCUUUCCUUGUCUUUGGCUUUAAAUCAGAACCCCCAAUUGUCCAGCUCAAGGCAAUUGACAUGGUUGUCUUUAUAAAGAAAACAACUCUCCCUCUAGCAAUAAGCGCCUUCACAACAUUCUCGAGAUGCAACUCAGCCUUGGAGCUUCUGAAGGUCUGUACAAAUGUACUUGAAGAAGUCGAGAAGUCAUUCGUGUCUCAGAUACAGGAUUGGUGCCAUGGUUCUCUUUGCUGGAAAAAGGCACUUCAAUCCCACCAGAGAGUGGACGAGUACGUGUGGCAGGAAGUGACAUUGCUGAAAGCUACACUGCUCGAGACGAGAGCAAAAUUACUGCUGAGAGGUGGCCAUUUUGACAGUGGGGAAGAUCUGUGCAGAACUUGCAUCAGUAUCAGGACAGUGAUGCUAGGCCACAACCAUGCUCAAACAUUAGCUGCUCAAGAAACAUUAGCCAAGUUAGUGAGAAUGAGGAGUAAGAUAUGA